GCGCGCUUUGGUCGCAUGUGCGUCGCAGCUUCUGUUUCCUCUUUUCUCUCAGCUCCUUUAGACUUCCUCCUCCCCGGCGCAUUCGGCUCCUUUUGCCCGAAGCGAGUGCAUCUCCCCCCCGGCCACAGCCAACCGAGGCGCCCCCCGAACGAUGGAGAAUCUACAGAACACAUUUGGAUUAUCUUAACAAAAGUAAAACCGACGCGAGAACAGCAGAGCGCGAGCAGCGGCCGAGGGAAAGACUAUCCAUAUUGUUGCUUUUGUGAAAUAGGGAACAUGGGCUGCACGGGCUCAAAGGAGGAGGAGAGUGUGGGUAAAGAGGGAGCGAAGGAGGAGCAGAGCCGAGCUCAGAACACACACUACGUCAAAGACCCCACCUCCGGCACCAAGAACACGGGCAAAACAUCCAACGCAGUGAACUCCUCAGACGGUGAAAGUGUUGCCAUAGCGCUCUACGACUACGAGGCCAUUCACGAAGGAGAUCUGGGAUUCAAGAAAGGAGACAAGCUCAAGAUUUUGGAAGAAUCAGGAGAAUGGUGGAAAGCCAAGUCCAUAAGUACAGGCCAAGAAGGCUUCAUCCCCAGUAACUAUGUCGCCAAAGACACACUAGAGACAGAAGAUUGGUUCUUUAAAGGCGUGAGCAGGAAGGAUGCAGAGCGACAGCUUUUGGCGACUGGGAACAACGUGGGCUCCUUCAUGAUCCGAGACAGUGAGACCACAAAGGGCAGUUACUCUCUGUCCGUGCGGGACAUUGACCCUCACGCUGGAGACACAGUCAAACAUUAUAAGAUCAGGACCCUGGACAACGGAGGAUUCUACAUCUCCCCCAGAAUCACCUUCAGCACGCUGCAGGAGCUCGUCAGCCAUUACAAAAAGCAGGGUGAUGGUUUGUGCCAGACUCUCACUACGGCCUGUCUCAGUCUCAAACCGGAGAAGCCGUGGGAGAAGGACGCGUGGGAGAUCCCUCGCUCGUCCCUGAAGCUGGAGAGGAGACUCGGAGCGGGGCAGUUUGGAGAAGUGUGGAUGGCGACAUACAACAAGCACACAAAGGUGGCGGUGAAGACCAUGAAGCCAGGGAGCAUGUCUGUGGAGGCCUUCAUGAUGGAGGCCAAUCUGAUGAAGACUCUGCAGCACGAUAAACUGGUGCGACUGAACGCCGUGGUGACCAAAGAGGAGCCCAUCUACAUCAUCACCGAGUUCAUGGAGAAGGGAAGCUUGUUGGAUUUCCUGAAGAGUGAUGAGGGGAACCGUGUGCAGCUCCCAAAGCUCAUCGACUUCUCUGCUCAGAUAGCAGAGGGCAUGGCAUACAUCGAGCAGAGGAACUACAUCCACAGAGACCUGCGCGCCGCCAACAUCCUUGUCAACAAAGCCCUGGUGUGUAAGAUCGCAGACUUCGGACUGGCCCGGAUCAUAGAGGACAACGAGUAUACAGCCAGAGAAGGAGCUAAAUUCCCCAUCAAGUGGACUGCUCCCGAGGCCAUAAACUACGGCUCUUUCACCAUAAAGUCUGACGUCUGGUCUUUUGGGAUUUUACUGACCGAGAUCAUCAGCUACGGACGCACCCCCUACCCAGGCAUGACAAACCCUGAGGUGAUCCGUGCUCUGGAGAAGGGCUACCGGAUGCAACGCCUGGAGUGCUGUCCCAAAGAGCUGUACGAGAUCAUGCUGGAAUGCUGGAAGAACAAACCGGAGGACAGACCCACUUUUGACUAUCUGCAGAGUGUCCUGGAGGACUUCUACACGGCCACGGAGAGCCAGUACCAGCAGCAGCCAUGACACACACUGCAAAACAAACACAAGCGACAAAAAACAUGAUGGACACUGCCAAAAUGUAUAGGUCCAAUAUUUCACAAAAUCCACUCUUGUGAGCUUUUAGCCAUGUUUAAUUUGUUACACACGCCUAACUAACUGGAGUUGUGUUUUGUUUCAUCCACACAUUGUUUGAGUAACAGUUUAUUAUUAGUUAUUAUGUCUACAUCUCCAAAGCUCAAAAUGCUGUAUUCUACCUUGCAUAGUGGUAGUUUUCAUGUUAACAGCUCCCUUUUACCCUUUGUUUAGGAGAGAUUGACUUGAAAUCACCCAAAUGAUUCUAGUGAAGGUGUAUGGAGUUUAAAAUACAGUGGAGCACUUCCUGUAUUACACAUGCCAUCACAAAGUAGAACAAAGUGGGUUUUUUUUUGUCUGAUUGAAAGACUCAUUUCUGAAGGAAACAAACACAACCUUUGGUAUAUUUGUGAUGAGGAAACAAAGCUAGAACAUAGAUCUGAGAAUAGCAUAAUACGGUUCCUUUCAGAGGUAAAAUACAGCAUGGAGUACACUGCAAACAAAAUCUCUCUGUACAAAAUGGAGGUUUGACACCACUGGUGAUGCAGAUGUGAGCUCCACUCCGGCAAAUCUCAUGCUAAAAAAACCAAAACAAAAUAUUGGUAACAGUUUAUUCAUUUACAAUAGAUACAUGGUUAAGUUGGAUAAAGUUAAAGUGCAUUUGACAGAUUAAUGUAUUUUCUUAUUCUGACUUGGUUUGGUGGAUAGCACCUGUCUUGUGGUCAAUAUUUAUCAUAGUUUUACAUCAGUUAAAUGGCAAUUUGUGAAGAUAAUUUCCAUUCAAAAUGCAGAGGCAGUUUAUUAUUUAUUCAAUCAAAAUCAAACUUUCUCUGUUCCUCAGGGUCAGUUUAGUCACAUAGAGCAGAGAAAUACAAACAUAAUAGUAAAGAUCAAACAAAGGUCUCAGUGCAGCUCAACAGGUAGUGACAUCAGAUCCAGGGUGAGGAGAGUAACCACCCGUAGGACAAAAGUGUCCACUGUGUCCUGCAGCAUCACAGCAGCCUUCAGGGGGAGCCAGGUGAAGACAAGAGACACAACAGGAAAGUCUCUCUCUGCUCUGUUGUCUGCCAUAUUUGGCAUAGAAAGCCUGUUGCAUUGUUGUAAAGGAUUUGUAGCAUUUCAGAGCUACUAACUGGUUGGCAGAGCUAGCUCCAUGCAGGGUUGCCAUGGAUACAAGAAGAAACAAACUCAAAUCACACAGUCCAAUAGUCUUUAACUUCCAUCCAUUCAAAUGCCCAAGCUGCACUUCAUAGUUGGUCAAAAUCCCAAAAUAUUACACCCAAAAUGUAAGUCAAACAUUUAAAAACUGCUCAGUGUGCCAGCCAGUCAGCCACAAGAGCAACCAAACAACAUGGCAACUACACACAAGAAAGGCAUUUUUCUGACAGUUUAAACAUUGAUUUAACCAAAUAAUAGUAAUAAAAAAUAAAAAUAAAUUAAAAAAUAAUGUGUUCAGCAUUUAUUUUUUAUUUAUUAAAUCAUAGCUGUUGUGUAAUUUAGACAAGUUUUGUUAUAUCUGAUGCCCAUGUCCAACCUGGAAAUAAUGUUAUAAACUUCACCAAGAUAACAAAAUUACAAAAAACUAUAGACAGUAUAGUUGUUGUUUUUUUUGUAAAAAAUAUAGUGAAAUGAGUAGUCUAACCUGUCACAUGCACUUUAAGGUUGGAGGCUAAACUCCACUCCAACUCCACACUGCAAAACACACAUGGCUCAGUCUGGCACCAGUCGGGUUUCUUGUGUCUGCUGUAGACUCUUGUUUUUUUUUUUUGCAGUGCAGUAAAGUCCACUCUUCACAUGAACAUGCUGUGUGUUUGUCCAUAUCAUUAAUACUAUACAACAUUUUUAAAUCCACAUCUUAACUGUGAAUUUUGGGGACUCCGCAUUGAACGGUUUCUGCUGAUUUUGCUUCAGUGUGUCGCAUUUAUUUAUAGAGUGGCUGAGUUUCUCCUAAUGUGCCUUUUAAAGAAAUGUUUUUAUUGAAUCUUGAACCUUUUGUAGUCUGUGUUUUAAAUAUAUUUCAUUAAUUCUUAAGAUUAAUUUAUUUGUGCACUGUUUUAACAUAACCUCUGCACUGAUAACUUAUGGGUACCAUAGAAAUGAAUCUAACUUUGAAAACACAAAUAACAUCUCAGUUGUGUUUUUCCACAUUUCAUUUGUUCGUAUCUGUUUGAUGCAGUAACAGACUGUUGGGAGAAUCUUCUUUAUAAGGGCCUGUGCAUUUCUACAGAUAGAGGACUGAAGCCUGUGUAUACAAGUAUUUGAAUAGAGCUUACUACUGCUUUUCUAUGUCCUGUAAAUAUAAUAUUGUGUUCCUCUUUUGAAGGCUUAACUUUAGCUUCUCAUUAUAAACCUUUUAAUAAAGAUAAGAUAAAGA